UUGUUGUUAUUUUCACGUGUGAGUUGUAUUCACCUUAACUGAAGCUGUACGUGGUUUGAGCGCGUCAGCAUGCUGGUGAUCCUGCUCAACUGCGUCACGCUCGGCAUGUUCCAGCCCUGCCAGGACCUGGAGUGCCACUCCGACAGGUGCAGCAUCCUGCAGGCAUUUGAUGACUUCAUAUUCGCCUUCUUUGCUGUGGAGAUGGUGGUUAAAAUGGUCGCCCUGGGGGUGUUUGGUCCCAAAUGUUACCUUGGCGACACCUGGAACCGCCUUGACCUCUUCAUCGUCAUGGCUGGGAUGUUGGAGUAUUCUUUAGACGGACACAAUGUCAGUUUCUCAGCCAUCAGAACCGUACGGGUUCUCAGACCUUUACGAGCCAUCAACAGAGUUCCCAGUAUGCGUAUUCUGGUGACCCUGCUGUUGGAUACUCUGCCCAUGCUGGGAAACGUCUUGCUGCUUUGUUUCUUUGUUUUCUUUAUAUUUGGAAUUGUGGGCGUGCAGCUGUGGGCGGGGCUUCUGCGAAACCGCUGCUUUCUUAACCAGACCGUCAGUAUGAAGUAUAAUCUCUCAGAGUUUCUACAUGAAUACUACAGACCGGAGGAGUCGGACGACAUUCCCUUCAUUUGCUCAACCGAAAAAGAGAACGGAAUGCUGCACUGCUCCAGUGUCCCGCAGCGCAGGGAAGGGGGGAUGUGGUGUGAGGUCACUGUUGAUAAUGUCACAGAUCAUGAUUUCAAACAGCGCCUCCAUCAUGGGUGUGUGAACUGGAACGUGUAUUACAACGUCUGCAGAGCAAGCGAUCAUAAUCCGCAUAACGGAGCCAUUAACUUUGACAACAUCGGAUAUGCGUGGAUUGCCAUUUUUCAGGUCAUCACUCUGGAGGGAUGGGUGGAUAUCAUGUAUUAUGUAAUGGAUGCACAUUCCUUUUACAACUUCAUCUAUUUCAUCUUCCUUAUCAUUGUAGGCUCCUUCUUCAUGAUCAACCUGUGUCUGGUUGUCAUAGCGACACAGUUCUCUGAGACCAAACAACGGGAGAACCAGCUGAUGCAGGAGCAGCGGGCCCGUUUCCGUAGCAACGAGUCCACCAUUGCAAGCUUGGCCGAACCGGGAUCCUGCUACGAAGAGAUGCUGAAAUACCUUGUCCACAUCUGUCGUAAACUUUGUCGGCACGUCACUCGUCUCUAUGGCGAAUUGUGCCCGCGCAGGCGAAGAGGCGACGCUACUUCCAACAGCUCCUUGAUAGGAGGUGGGACUAACGGGUUUUGGGCCGAUAAUGGGACAAAGAUGGGCCCGAGCCAGUAUUUUAUGACUCAUUAUCAUCAUACACACCAUCAUCAGCAUUACAUCAGUAAUGGCAUUGAAAUGAAAACACUUCAUCCUGAUAGAGAUACUCAGAAAAAGGGCUCAUCCCUCCCACUUACGCUGCCGAAUUUAAGGGGUUUGAGGUUCGGAAUGAACUACCCCACCAUAAUGCCCUCCAAGGUGUGCGCAAGCUCACGGUCUGGCCGACAAUCGACAGGCGGGGCCAAAGGAUCGGUGUUCAAUCACGGGCUGUAUGGCAGGAAGAUUUCAGUUUGUGGUGGAUUCCAUGACACUUACAAGCUGCAACACGGUGUGUAUCCAGGCCCAUGCUCAAGUGUGUGUAUUGACGGGAGGGCUGGGAUGGCAUCUUCUGAACUGUCUUCCUGCCCAAUUUGCGCUCAGGAAGGUGACGGCGUCACCUGCGAUUCCAACGGGGAACCGGACCCUGAGAAACAGGGGCCAGAUGUCAGCGCGGAACCGAGCAAAUUAAACCAGGAUGUGGAGGAAAAGGAGUCUGGGAGAAAGAGUUGCGUGUGUGUGUGCGUUCAUCUCGCCCGAGUUGUGCUGAAGCGGAUUGUGGAAAGCAAAUACUUCAACAGAGGGAUAAUGAUCGCAAUCCUUAUCAAUACACUCAGCAUGGGCGUGGAGUACCAUGAACAGCCUCAAGAGUUAACAGACGCAUUGGAGAUCAGUAAUAUUGUCUUCACCAGUUUGUUUGCGUUAGAGAUGCUCUUGAAACUCUCAGCCUGUGGCGUGUUUGACUACAUCAGCAACCCCUACAACAUCUUUGAUGGGAUCAUUGUUAUCAUCAGUGUGUGUGAGCUUGUCGGACAAGCAGAAGGAGGGUUUUCGGUUUUAAGGACGUUCCGUUUGCUGAGGGUCCUGAAACUGGUACGGUUUCUCCCGGCCCUGCGGAGGCAGCUGGUGGUACUGAUGAAGACCAUGGACAACGUGGCCACCUUCUGCAUGCUGCUUAUGCUCUUCAUCUUCAUUUUUAGUAUAUUGGGGAUGCAUCUGUUCGGGUGUAAGUUCACUCGUCUGGAGAAUGGAGAUACAGUGUCGGACAGAAAGAACUUUGAUUCACUGCUCUGGGCCAUCGUCACUGUGUUCCAGACCUUGACCCAGGAAGACUGGAAUGUGGUUCUGUAUAAUGGUAUGGCCUCUACCUCUCCGUUGGCGGCUCUUUACUUCGUGGCCCUGAUGACCUUUGGGAAUUACGUCCUCUUCAACUUAUUGGUUGCCAUCUUAGUAGAAGGCUUCCAGGCUGAGGGUGAUGCCAGCAGGUCAGAGACUAGUGAUGACAUGUCUUCUGACUUUGGUGAUGAGGACAAACUGAGAGAGCUGCUGAACUCAGGAUCAGAAUUGAAAAUGCAGACAUUAAUGCCCUUAUCCAACGGACACCUGGAACCCCGAGCAUCCAUGCCACCGCACAAAAUGCACGCACAACUCACCGCCACGCCCAGAACUGAAGUGUCACACGUCUACAGCCAAUCACGUCGCAACAGCAACACCUCCACCGAACCACAUGACCAGAGAUCCCUGUCCAGUCUUUGGGGAAGUCGUCGAUCCAGUUGGAACAGUCUCGGCCACGCCCCCAGUCUGAUCAGACGGGCCCAGUCAGGAGAGCGCGAGUCGCUGCUUUCAGGAGCGGGACAAGACAGCAUGGAUGACAACCUGUCAGAUGAUGGGAAAUCCAGCAGGACUGGCAGUCUGGGCGGAGUCUCGUGUCUAGGGUCCUUUGAUUUGCCAGAGCUCCUGCAGGUUCCACGCCCAUAUUUGGAGUGUAACGGGAGAUUAGACGGAGGACAUCCAUCCUCUCCGAACGUUACGCGCCCGGAGUUACCAUCCACACAGGGGGCGGAGGAUGAGGACUUUGAAGAGAGUUGGUUUGUGAUUGUGAAGAGACUGUUGGAGCCAUAUAAACCGCAGUGGUGUAGAGAUCAUGAGGACUGGUCCCUCUACCUCUUCUCUCCUCAUAAUAAGUUCCGUAUUCACUGUCAGAAGAUCAUCACUCAUAAGAUGUUUGAUCAUAUUGUCCUGUUCUUCAUUUUCCUCAACUGCAUUACAAUCGCUCUGGAGAGACCAGAUAUUCAACAAGACAGCACUGAGCGGGUUUUUCUCAAAGUUUCCAACUACAUCUUCACUCUGAUCUUUGUCGCCGAGAUGACAAUGAAGGUGGUUUCUCUCGGGCUGUAUGCUGGGCCGGGCUCAUACCUGAAGAGCAGUUGGAAUGUUCUAGAUGGUUUCCUGGUGUUUGUGUCCUUGGUGGACAUCUUAGUGUCUCUCGCAUCCUCUGGGGGGAACAGAAUUCUGGGAAUCUUGAGGGUUCUUCGACUGCUCAGGACGCUAAGACCCCUCAGGGUUAUAAGCAGAGCCCCUGGACUCAAGCUGGUUGUUGAAACAUUGAUCACAUCUCUCCGACCCAUUGGAAAUAUUGUUCUGAUUUGUUGCGCUUUCUUCAUUGUCUUUGGCAUUCUGGGAGUUCAGCUUUUCAAGGGCAAGUUCUAUCAUUGUGAAGGCUUUGACACUAGAAAUAUCACAAAUAAAUCCGAUUGCCUUCAGGCUAAAUACAGAUGGGUCCGCAGGAAGUAUAACUUUGAUAACCUGGGUCAGGCUCUGAUGUCAUUGUUUGUCCUGUCCUCUAAAGACGGAUGGGUUAACAUCAUGUAUGACGGUUUAGAUGCAGUGGCCGUAGAUGUACAGCCCAUUAAGAAUCAUAAUCCCUGGAUGCUUCUGUAUUUCAUCUCUUUCCUGCUGAUCGUCAGCUUCUUCGUGCUGAACAUGUUUGUCGGCGUGGUGGUGGAGAACUUCCACAAGUGCAGACAGGACCAGGAGGAGGAGGAGGCCCGGCGUCGGGAGGAGAAGAGGCAGAAACGUAUGGAGAAGAAACGCAGGAAGGCUCUGCAGAGGCCGUACUACGCAGACUACUCUCCCGCACGUCUCUUUAUUCACACGCUCUGCACCAGCCAUUAUCUGGACCUCUUCAUCACCAUCAUCAUCGCCAUUAAUGUACUCACAAUGUCAAUGGAGCACUACGGACAGCCCAAGUAUCUGGACGAGGGUCUGAAGUACUGUAACUAUGUCUUUACGCUGGUUUUCGUGAUCGAGGCCACUCUCAAACUGGUGGCUUUUGGCUUCAGGAGGUUCUUCAAGGAGAGGUGGAAUCAGUUGGAUCUGGCUAUUGUUCUUCUCUCCAUCAUGGGAAUCACUCUAGAAGAGAUCGACCUGAAUGCUUCCCUGCCUAUCAACCCCACGAUCAUACGCAUCAUGAGGGUGCUGCGGAUUGCCAGAGUGUUGAAGCUGUUGAAGAUGGCCACAGGAAUGAGAGCUCUUCUGGAUACUGUGGUCCAAGCUCUACCACAGGUGGGUAAUCUGGGUCUUCUCUUCAUGCUGCUGUUCUUCAUCUACGCGGCUCUGGGAGUCGAGCUCUUUGGAAAACUCGAAUGCACUGAGGAGAAUCCGUGUGAGGGACUGAGCAGACAUGCCACGUUUCAGAACUUCGGUAUGGCUUUCCUCACGUUAUUCCGCGUUUCCACCGGCGACAACUGGAACGGCAUCAUGAAGGACACCCUGCGGGAGUGUAAAAACGGUGACAAAUGUCUGAGUUACCUGCCACUUUUGUCACCUCUUUAUUUCGUGACAUUCGUCCUGAUUGCUCAGUUUGUGCUGGUGAAUGUCGUGGUCGCGGUGCUUAUGAAACACUUAGAGGAGAGCAACCAAGAUGCACGUGAAGAGGCGGAGAUGGAGGCGGAGAUUCAGCAGGAGCUACAGAACAGUCGCAGACACAGCACCACCUCUGUGGGUGGGGCCACAGGGUCGGAGGGUGGAGCUUUUAAAAUGGAGACACUGUCUUGUGAGCAGGGCAAAGAUCCCAAUUAUGGUAACUUCCUGACAGUAGAAAGGCCGUCCAUAUCGAGGAUGCUGUCUCUGCCCAAUGACAGUUACAUGCUCUAUCCAGUUAAAGCCGAAUACGGCUCCAUUCAGAAGAGAUUCUCCAAACAGGAUUCUGCAUUACCAGGCUCUUCUCCGUCACUUGGCACGCAGCCCUGUGAAGAUGGUGCGCUAAUGCAGCUUCCAGGAACCACAUCUCAGACAAACUUGGACUCGGUUUCUGCCUCUCACCUUCUAACUCAAAGAACAAGAAGAUCCAGCAAUGCCUCAAGAAUCCUGCGUCGACAGCAAGCAAUAAAGUGCGACUCUAUCGAAUCCACAAACCCUGGCUCCAAAGACAGCCUACACUUUCCAAGCAAGCCUUGUUCUAAUGAGAAUCUUCAACUCAAAAUACCCGGCAUUUCACUCACCGGCGGGUCCGCCCCCUGCUCGCCACAAGCCUCGCCCCCUCCACCCCUGCGCAAUCGAACGGCGAGUGUACGAACAAGCGGACAGGUGUACAGUCAACGCAGCAUCCCCCGACGCCAGAUUGCACACCUGACACAAUCCACAAAAGCACUUGAAGUAAUGCAUGCCAAUGCACAAAUAAACACCUCGCACCCUGAGGAGGUGAACCGACACAUGACAAAAUCUACCCAAAAAGGAUCCUAUAAUCAUUUUCCCCCUUACAUAUCAACUCUUACCUGUUCAGACGUCCAGUCUCAGAACUCAGGACCGCUGCGUGUUGGGAUGAGCCAUCAACAGGAAGCCUGCAGUCAUAGUCUACGCAAGUACAACAGCAUGGAAAAUAACUUCCUGUCACCCCAACACGACACCCCCCGUCGACACUCGAUGCACGGAGAGGGGCUAUUUCUUCCAAUGAAGGUCCCCGUGCCAUCCCCCGGACCUUCGCUGGUACCCAAAAAGGAGAAGAUGAGCCCACCCUGCAUCUCCAUUGACCCGCCCACAGAGGCAGAGUUUCAAUCUCCAGUGGUCAACCAGGAAAGCAGCUCGGUCCUAAGAAGGCGGACGCCAUCGUUUGACUCUGCGUUACUGUGCGAAUCGUUAGAUCUCACAGAGCCCCUCCCACAGGAAGAAUCUUCCCUGCCGAGUCACUUGCCCCUCCCACAAUUUUCAUUUGACCAAUCAGAUGUAAGUUCUUUGAGCAGUCUGUCGGAACUGCUUUCAGAUAGUGACCAAUCGACGCACUCCUUCCCUCCUGAAGCCCGUUCGUGGUUUGUGGGAAGCGCGGGAGAAGCUCAGAGCCCACUCAGGAAGAAGGUCUUGGUCAGAAUGGCCAGCACUAGGGAUGCAGGAAAUGAGGAUUCAGUUGCCUAGGCAACCGCACAGGAAGCCGCCUUUUGCAAAGCAUUUUAACAACAGGAAGAGGUGGUGUCGGCCACAGUAUGCAAUGUGUUUCUGAUGGAACUGAUGUUUUUUCCUGAUCAUAUUGAUUGGGGUUUUGGAACUUUUAGUAGUAUUCAUUACACACAUUGAUGUUGUGAAGUUUUAUGUGAUAUCAAGCUUCUUUACAUGCAGAGAAAAUCCAUCAUUGAUCCCAAAUGGAUUCAUUCCAGUGCGAUUUUAGCCCUCAUGUUCUGUUUGGAGUCUGUAACAUUAAAACAUUUAUAGUAAUGCUUAGAAAUAAUAAUUUGUGCAAGUAAUACAAAUCUGCGUUAUUCACCUCCAUAUGCUGUAUCAAAAAAUAAAAAAAUG